CAGGCGAAAUGGGGCGUGUGGGGUGAGUGGUCGGAAUGCAGCGCAAUAUGCGGUGGUUGCGGCCGUCGGAGUCGCGUCCGUGGAUGUUACGGUGGCGACAGAAAAUGCAGAGGAAUCGGCUACGAAAAGGAACCAUGCAACAUUCAGGCGUGUCCAGUUAGUCCAGUUACAAAGAAACCUGACAUCUGCAACGGAAGAAUACUGCUUCCAUGCUUUCUGAUGGAAAAACUGACCUUUGGUGAAAGGAGACAAG